GUUGGGCCAGAUCUCUGAGGACAUUACGAGGAAGUUGUUGUUCACCCAUGUCGAAGUUGCUGCCUUUUGAUGAUUUCGGGGAGUGCUCAUCUCCUUCGUUAGAUUCGAGAGUAAGCUCUUCCAGCAGCUCCCUUAGGCUCUCGUUGAUCGAUUUGUUGAUCGGAGAUGGCAAUUUGCGUCCACUCUUGUGUUACAGCUUGGCAUCUUUGUCAAAUGUACUUCAACAUCAACAUCAGUCUAUGAACACUGCAGCGGAUAUGCUACUCAAUCUCAAGGAGUUAUUUGGUCAUCAGUCGCGGGCUGCCCGACGAGAGGCCAUGAGGGUUCUGAUGAACAUGACCAUGCGCGAGGGCACUCCCGUAAGGGAACAUGUUAUUGCAAUGAUGGCCCAGCUGAAUGAGCUGGAGGUUCUUGGGGCUUUUAUUGAUGGGGAAACCCAGGUCGAUAUAGUGCUCCAGUCUUU